AGUGGUAAGAAAGUGAGGAGGAUAUAAUGUAAAUAACUGUGGCACGGCAGAGUUGAUAAAUUUCACUUUAGUAUGCCAUAUACGGAAGAUUACAUUAAGAAUAAAUUAAUCACAGAGCUUGGAGCUUUACAUGUGCUGUCAGAUUCCCACAUUAUUUUCCGAACAUUAAUUUAAUACCAGAGUAGUAUAACAAGGAACUUGCAAACCAAUGAGUGGACAUACAAUAAUCGUUAUUGCAGUAGCGAUACUCUUAAGAUGGUGUAUCACUUAUCACCCGUACAGUGGGAUGGACAAACCACCCAUGUAUGGUGAUUACGAAGCGCAACGUCAUUGGCAAGAAAUAACAUUAAAUUUACCUGUAAAGCAGUGGUACACCAAUUCGACAAACAAUGAUCUCCUAUAUUGGGGAUUAGAUUAUCCACCAUUAACGGCAUACCAUAGCCUAUUAUUAGGAAUGAUCGCUAACAAAACUAACUAUAAAUAUGUAUCUCUGCAUAAUUCUCGUGGUUAUGAAAGCGAAGGUCAUAAGUACUUCAUGAGACUAUCUGUUUUAAUCACGGACUUAAUGACCUAUGUACCAGCUGCUCUGUUUUAUGUUAUGUAUACAAAUAUAAAAAAAUUCAAGUUUUUACAGAUAAACCAACAGAAUAUUUUUGGUUUUGAUAAAUGUGAUCUUAUAUUAGUAAUAAUAUUAUAUUUUCCUGGAUUGAUUCUGAUAGAUCAUGGACAUUUUCAAUAUAACUGUGCUUCAUUGGGAUUUUUCAUUGGUGCUGUAACAGCUAUAUUAAAGGAUAUGCCUAUUGUUGGAUCAAUUUUAUUUGUUCUGGCAUUGAAUUAUAAGCAGAUGGAGUUAUAUCAUGCACUUCCAUUUUUCUUUUAUAUACUCGGCUGCAACACUCCUGGAAGAAAGAAGUCAUUUAAAUCUUGUUUUUAUACUUUAACGUGUGUUUCUUUAGCAGUAAUAAUAACAUUUGCAUUGAUCUGGGUUCCUUUUACUUACGAAUGUACAACCUUUAUUGAUGCAAUUUCAAGACUAUUUCCUUUUUCUAGAGGAGUGUUUGAAGAUAAAGUGGCAAAUAUUUGGUGUGCUCUUAAUGUAAUCUAUAAAUUGCAAACAGGUUGGGCCAAUGCUCAGUUAGCUAAAAUUUGUCUAGCAUUAACAGCAAUAACCAUCUUUCCAAGUUGCUUCAAUUUGUACAUGGAACCAUGCAAAGAGAAAUUUGUAGUUGCAUUAAUAAAUUCAGCCUUAGGAUUUUUCUUAUUCUCAUUUCAAGUUCACGAGAAAACGAUUCUCCUUGUUGCUAUUCCUGUUCUAUUGCAUUUUCAUAAUGAUCCGUUUCCAUGUUUUUGGUUCUUAAUGAUUUCAUCUUUUAGUAUGCUACCGUUGCUUAUACAAGAUAAUUUAUUUCUUGCAUUCUGUGCUACUUCCUUAUUUUAUUUCAUAUCUGUAACAUGGAUGUAUCCAUCAAUUCUGCUCUUUGACAUGAGGAAACCUGGACAUGAUCAUUCUCUGCAGCAAAAAGAGUCGAAUCGUAAACAUAAGAUCGCAGUAAAACAAAAAAGUUUCCUUGAACGUGCAACUUUAAAGUUAUGUGACUAUUUUUUAUUGAGAAGGCAAUUAUUCUACGCAUCUAUGUUAGGUACUUUACUCUUAAUUUUAUGCAUUCGAGCUGUAAAACCUCCAGAGAGAUAUCCUGAUCUGUUUCCAUUGCUAAUAUCAAUUUAUUCUUGUUGUCACUUUGUUCUGUUUUUCUGCUAUUUUAAUUUCUAUCAGUUUUAUAAAAUAGGGCAGCUUUCGAUCCAAAAGGUGAAAUCAAGUUAACAGAAAUAAUUUUGAAAUUUGUGUGCGUACUCAGUGCAAAUAUUCGAACAAUCCAGCAUGGUGAAAAAUUCAUAAUUUAAAUAUUAAAUUUUUGUUGAAAUUCAUUUUGAGGUGCAUUCUUAAUCA